GGGGUCAGUAAGCGACGGGCACACUGGCGCAAAGCACAAAACAGUCGGACGGAAACCGAAACCGAAAGAAAGAAAUGCAAUCUGUGCCGUAAGUGGGGGCGUGCGACAAAGAAUUUAGCUGCCCAGAGUGAUUUCGUUGGUUGCCGCAGAUCAAAAGAGCCAUAUUUUCGGCCAAUCUCCGCCAUUGGUCCCCUGACGUACGCACUGCUGUGGUUUCAAAAAAGGGUCUUUAAAGGCGGGAGAACCGCGGCGAAGGGCAGAGGAGGAAAGCGGCGUCAACAGAAGCAAUCAAGUGGCAACAGGAGAUAGCUGAGGCAAAAUGCAAAAAGUUAAUUAGUCCGGGCAAAAUCAAAUCGGACACCCCGCUGUGGGCGACGCCAUGGAAUUUGCCGACCUGAUAAAGACCCCCAAGCUGGACGGAGUCCUUCUACACGACCCAUCAAACGUGGGGGCGUCGGGUGCAACAGUUGGCACACUGUGCAUCACCGGGCACCAUUUGCUUCUCAGCGCCCGCCAGGAGACAAGCCAGGAGCUGUGGUUGCUGCACAAGAACAUCGACAGUGUGGAGAAGAAGCCCAGUUUGUCACAGAACAUCGUGGUCGGUGGCCUUAUCACUUUAAAAUGCAAGGACCUGCGCAUUAUCUCUUUGGAGAUCAAGUGCGGCAAGGAGUUCUUCAACGUGGCCGCAUCGUUGGAAGCACUCAGUGCCAUUCAAAACACCGAGCUACUGUAUCCCUUCUUCUAUCGGCCCAUGUACUCCAUACUAGAGGACGGCUACACUAUGUUUAGGCCCGAGCUGGAGUUCGCCAAGCUUAUCAGCGGGGUGGGCAUGGGCGGUGCGUCCUCACCGAAUGUGGCCAACAUAACAAUUUGCAUGCCAUCAACUUCGACAUCGACGCUAGCUGUGGUCCCCGGGCUUCCCCAUCCCCUGCAGAAUGGCUUUGCGAUAGACGCCCUGGCGGGUGGUAGUGGUGUUGUCGGAGGUGGAGUGCCUCAAGGUCCCCAGGCCGCCUGCGAGUGGCGCGUCACCAACGUCAACAGAGACUUCAGCGUCUGUGCCACAUAUGGCGCCACGCUAAUUGUACCUAAAGCAAUUACGGACGAGCAGAUAGUGCUCUCCGCUGCAUUUCGGGACGGCGGUCGUUUCCCAGUGCUGAGCUACAGGCAUGAAAAUGGCGCAACGCUGAUGCGCAGCUCUCAGCCACUGUCGAUUCAGGGCAUCAAACGCUGCCGAGCCGACGAGGCCAUCCUUAAUUUGGUACUCGGGCGCAGCCGCAAGGGCUUUAUCGUGGACACCUGGGGCAAGGGCAAGUCGAACACGGAGACAGACCUGCACUACUCUCAGUGGAAGAAGGUCAAUCGUUCGAUCGGCAACGUCAGCUCACCCGCAUCUAUUUUGGACAGUUUUGCUCGGCUGAUAGAGGCCUGCAACGAUUUGAGCUGCAGCACAGACAAGUGGCUAUCGCGACUGGAAAACAGCGGUUGGCUUAGCCUCGUGUUGAACUCCCUAAACGCUUCAUGUGUUGUGGCUCAAUGCCUGGACCAAGAGGGCAGUCCAGUGUUGGUUCAUGGCGCAAAGGGUUUGGAUUCCACGCUCAUUGUUACCUCACUGGUGCAGAUAAUUCUAAAUCCCGACUGCCGCACAGUGAGAGGACUGCAGGCUUUGAUAGAGCGCGAAUGGAUCCAAGCAGGUCAUCCAUUCGCUUCUCGUCAUCGUUUCUCAUGCUACACACCAAAUCAGACACGCAACAAGACAUCUGGCGCCACCUUUGUGCUCUUCCUGGACUGCAUCUACCAGCUUUAUACACAGUUUCCCUGUAGUUUCGAAUUUAGCACACAACUGCUGAUACUACUCUUUGAGCACAGUCACUUUUCACAGUACGGAACCUUUCUAUGCGAUUCAGAGCGAGAACGAAACGAACUAAAAGUGCACACCAGGACGACGAGCCUAUGGUCUUACUUAAACCGGCCAGAUGUCCUUCAGACACUGUUAAAUCCGCUGUACGAGCCCAAUGCCAAUGUGAUAUGGCCAUCGGUUGCGCCCAUCAGCUUGGAGCUGUGGAGCGAUCUCUAUUUGCGAUGGGUGGUAGAUCAGCGUAGCUGCGCCACAGUCAUGUCGCAAAUUCAGGAACUUGUCACCCGCGAGAAGGAACUCAGAACUCAAGCCCUCAAACUGCGCAAACAGGCCUUGGAACUCGGCCAGGAAGUUUCCACACUCAUGAAAAGUGCAGACGAUGCAUAGUCGGCUACCUCAAAAGUUCUCUAUAUUUUAAUCUCCUGUAUGAUAUACAAUUAUUUUUGAUACGUUCUGUUGCAAGAUUUCGACAAUUAUUUAAGCAUAUAGCAACACUAAAGUUAAGUCACUAAAAGUUCCAUUUACAAGAAAUUAUGCUGAAGAAAACAGAAAAUAAAACAAGGUAAUUGAAUUAUUGGAUGAACCAUAGGAUCUGCUUUUGGAUCAACUCCAAAAAACUCAAUUUUAGACAUAGACGUGUGUCCAUUUUUAUCAACUAUAAUUCUACUGUAGAAGUCCUGCAACGUAACUUAAAAAUGAAAACUUAAAGAUAUAUUGAUGUAACUUGAACUCUCUCCUUGCAAAUUGCGCUCUCUGCUCUCUCUCUCAGACUCAGAUUUAGAUUCAAAAAUUGAAACUGCAAACAGCAAAUAUCAAAUAUUUGAGUCAAUUUUUGACGCAUUUACUUUUAUGGAAUUUGUAGCGCAUAAGUCUCCAGAAUCACCUAUUUAUAGUACUUACUUGUGUCAGUUAUUUAGUGGUCUUCAAGCCACAGAUCAAAUUUAGUAUUAAAAAUUCAAAAGAUUUGCCUUUUUCGAAAAUUUAUAUGUACAUUUGAUUAAAUCGCAUAAAUUUAAUGCUUCAAAAGCGUUUAUAUUAACAAUUAUGCUGUGCAUGCGUUAGUAUAUCCAUAAACAAAUAUUGUAAAUUAUACACUCAUAAAUGUUUGCAGCUGUUAUCCAUUGUGUUUAUUUCCAAUUGUGAUCGUAUUUGAAAUGACAGAAAUUUGUAUGUAAUUUAUAUUCAUAUUUACAUUUCUAUUGUGCGUAUUUUGUGUAAUUAUCGCUUAAGUGCAAUAAAUACGUGUUAAUUUGCA